GUUUCGUGUUUUGCUGGAGUGGAAAGUUCACUUGAACCACCACCAACAACUUUACAUUCACAUUCACUUUAUCCUUCGAAAUCAGCGAAUACAUUCUACGCGAUUUACAGACUGGUGACUGCCACAUCAUUCGAUUUCUGUGCCUUGCCAUACAAUGAUCCGUGGAGUGCAUAAAGUUUGUGGUCAUAAUGCCUUUAUAUUGGAGCCAUAUAUCAGCUCCCUUCAGCUGACAACCCACUUGACUUCUGCCAAGACUUACUCCACUGCCCAGAAGCUUCCCCGGCUACCAGUGCCAAAGCUGGAUGAUACUUUAAGUAAAUAUUUAAAGACUGCCAAGCCUCAUUUGAGCAAUGAGGAGUAUGAUGCAACUUGCAAUCUUGCUAAAGACUUUGCUACUGGAGUUGGACAGGAUUUGCAGAGUUUGCUAGAAAAAAGGGCACAGCAGCACACAAAUUGGCUUGAGGAGUGGUGGCUCAACACAGCAUACUUGGAUUACCGGGAUCCUGUUGUAGUGUAUUCUAGCCCUGGCCUUGUAUUUCCAUUCCGGAACUUUAACAGUCAGCUUGAGCAGUUGCAGUAUGCAGCAAAAACAUUGCUGGCUGCACUUGAUUACAAAUCCCUAAUUGACAAUGACAAAAUUCCGACUGAGAUGAUGGGAAAAAACCCAUUGGACAUGCAACAAUAUAAGAAAAUAUUUGGAACGUGUAGGAUCCCUGGUCUUAAGAGAGAUUCAUUGUCAUAUAAUACUACCAGCAAACAUGUUACUGUCAUCCAUAACAACCAUAUAUUCCAUGUUGACCUCUGGGGAGACGAUGGUAAAGUUCUUAAUGAAGAUCAAAUAGUGCAGCAGCUGCAGAAAGUAAUAGAAAUGUCCAAUACUCCAUCGCAAAAUGGAAUUGGUAUUCUCACUUCGGAAAAUCGAAAUGCUUGGGCUAAAGCUUAUGAUGUACUGAUAAAAGACAAUCAAAACAAAGAAUCAUUGAAGGACGUGCAAUCAAGUUUAGUGGUACUUUGUUUGGACAAGCCUGUGGGGCUGUGGAAGGCCAAGGACAAAAAUGGCCGCCAAAACAUUGCUGGCGCGCAAACCAUCCAUGGAGGAGGCGCGGGAAUCAACGGCGGAAAUCGAUGGUUUGACAAAACAGUGCAGUUUAUAGUCGGUGCUGACGGCGUGACAGGGUUAACUUACGAGCACUCCCCAGCCGAGGGCCAACCCAUUGCCGUGCUAACGGACUUCCUCAUCAAUUUCAUAGACCAGAAUAAAGCUGCAGGCAGGCCUGCCUCUUCAAGCCCUAAACCCCCACAGCUGCUUAAAUUUAAUGUGUCCUCAGAGGUGGCUGGCAUGAUUACAACAGCAAAGGGUAGUUUAGACAAAUUAGUAAAUAAUCUGGAGCUGAACUGCUUUACAUAUGAGAAAUAUGGAAAGAACUUCAUUAAAUCACAAAAGUUAAGUCCAGACAGCUACCUACAAAUGGCUAUGCAGUAUGCAUUUUACAGGUUGCACAAAACGCCAGGCGCGCACUAUGAGUCCGCAGCGACGCGGAUGUUCGCCGGUGGCCGCACCGAAACCAUCCGCUCCUGCUCAGUAGAGUCCAUCGAGUUCGCUCAGGCCAUGCUGGACGCCAAGCGCUCACCAAAGGACAAGAAGGCGGCUAUGCAGAGCGCUAUUAACGCGCACAAGAAUUAUACCGUUAUGGCUCUUCAAGGGCUCGGCGUAGAUCGUCACCUUCUCGGGUUAAAGUUGAUUGCACUGGAGAACGGCAUUGAUAUACACAAGCUGUACUCCGACCUAGGAUACGUGAGAAGUGCCCACAUGCGGCUGUCCACCAGUCAGGUGGCAUGUAAAUGCGACGGCUUCAUGUGCUACGGACCGCUAGUCAGCAACGGCUACGCGACGUGCUACAACCCGCGCGAUAACGACGUCAACUUCGCCACGUCGGCCUUCAACGACAACCCGGAGACCAGCUGCGACAAGUACCGGGGCGCCUUAGAGCAGUCCCUCCAGGAUAUGCACGACGUGCUCUUGCUUAGCACACAGUCUAAACUGUAAAAGUUUAGUUGCCAUGGAUUCUUUCGAAAUAAUCUGGGGCGCAAAUUAUAAAGCUACCAGUUAGGAUUUUACAAGUCUAAAUUGGCAACACUGACUAAAACACCGCUCGCCAUUGGUCACGCGUGUGAUUGAUUUGACCUCGGUCACCGUGUAAUAACAACCUUCGUGCAUCCCGAUAAGGUUUAUAAUGACACGUUUACAGGUUUACGUGGCAUUUUAAGGUUUAAAGCCGUGUUACAUUUCUACCUUUAAACUUGUAGCUCUAUAAAAUGAGGUCUAGAUUGUUAAGUUUGAUAGAACUAGUUGAAAGGACCAGAAACAACGGACAAGCGGCACAAGUUAAAGACUGAAGAUUUUUUCUCCAGAAUGUCUUUAUUUAUACAUUUGUACAUAAUAUUACUGUGAUCUUUUUCAUUAGAAAUCAAAUUGUCAUUUUGAUACCGGUGUAUUUUUGAUUGGUAUUUGGUAACUGAUAAACAAAUUUUUAAAUUAUGUUAUGGAUGUUUUUCACAACUGCUAAUUUUAAGUAUAAAUGGAAAACCAUAUUGCCAUCAGUGCGUAUUAUAAUUCUUCAGAUGCCAGGGGUGAGGUAUUACUUUACAAUUAAGUAUUAACGAAUAGCAAGUUUAUUGUCAUUAUCUUGUAAUAUAUAUCUUUCUUUAUGUUAAUCUCUUCCGUUUUUAGAUUAUAUACAUUUUUUUAAA